GCGCAACCAAGGGCACAUGUGAUAACAGGGGACACACGCUGAACAUGUUACCUAAAGGAGUUGCUGCCAAGCAGGGCUAUUGGUCAGUGAUCUUUGUGCUGCAACUACGUUUUAUCCUUAGCUUUGCCCAAAAGAGUCUCGUUUUUUUUCCUCGAAUGGGUUAUUUUAGGUCGCUGUUUCACACGGACAUUAUGAAAUGCGUUUGACUACGUUCUGCACAAUUGCUUGAAAGCUCUGAUCGUAAUGCUGUGGUACACAACUACGUUGAGGGUCUGCUUUAGACUUGUGCGUUGGAAACCCCGUCAGAAGACCCUGCCUAACUUUACUUUCCAACACACUUCGCGGACUCUUUCCACUUCUCCGUGCGCCUCAACGCCGUAUGAGAUAAACAAACCGCUCAAGCAAUGGACUCUAGUUGUUAACCCAUUCAGCAAAGUGCGCGCACAACUCACUUGCAGCAUUUCCAUACGUCCUUUAGACCCACAUGCUUUCCCUGAGUCGAACCGUGCUUUCAUCACCGUUCACGGUACCAGUGCCGACCAGGGAAUCAAGCUGGACAACGUCCAUGUGCACUACGAUGACCAAAGUAAGGAGCUACUCAUUCUGUCAGAGAAGGUCAACAGCAACAUGUCCGUGGAGUUGACUGCUCCGGUAAAAAGUGAUCUUUACAUCACAGCUAAAGGAGAAGGUAAUGUUCGGGUCGAGAACAUGGAGUGUGACGUGUGCAAGGUGCAGACAGAGAGGGGGAAUUGCGUGCUGCACUCUGUCAAGGCUCACCGGGUAGAAGUACGGACCCAGGGCGGGGCCAUCACCUGCGGGGGAACUAUCCACGGCAAUGUGGACAUCAGCGCCACAGGGGAUGGGGCGGUGGACAUGAAGAAGGUCCAGGGGACGGUGCUUGGGGUGGCCACGGAGCGUGGCCCUCUGAAGAUAAAAGCCAUCUAUGCUGAAAACAUCCUGGUUUCCUCCAGCUCAGGACCCAUCCAGCUGGGUCAUGUGCACGGGAAUGCCAGCGUGCGGUCAGAGGCUGGGGACAUCGUAGUAGACAGCUCCAGCAGCCACCUCCACGUGUCCUCCCUGAGGGGAGACGUUGAUGCCUACGUGGGAGAGAGCGGCACGGCUGAGCUCAGCAGCCUGGAAGGCUCAGUGUGCGUGCGUGUGCCUGCCUCCUCCCGGGCAGGCCUGAGGCUGCGUGGGGGUUCUGUGGAGCUCAGUCCAGAGGUCACCCUGCAGGAAGCAGCCUGCUACUCCAAAAGUGGCCAAACUCACAUCACUGGCUUUAUGAACCAGCCCCAGGACGGACAGUGGAUUGACGCCCAGACAGACAGAGGCACCGUUAGGGUGAAGACACAGAGCUGGUUUGAGUCCCUGAAACUGGGGAGCUGAGUUCGUCCCUUCCUCGAACCCUUGAAACCUGGGCAGUAGAGCAGCCAUGAUAUGCCCACCCCCCAGGCGGCAGAAUGGACCCACACAGUUUGACCCCAUUUGGAAGAACCAUCGCUUAGAAACGUUUCCUGGGAUGUACUAAAAUGGAUAUUGUAUGUAAUCAAUCAUGUUUUGUUUUUUAAGUUAUUUCAAAUGCUAAAUGAAACCCAAACUAAAAGAAAGAAUAUAUAGGUCAUGAUUAGCAGGGCUGGUGAGUGUGUGGACGUGCUCCCCUGGGGAUGUAUGAUGGAAUAUGUAUCUAAUAUAAAAACAUGGAAUUCCAUGAAGAAAUGGGUCCUUUAAUAACCGGUAUUCAUUCUGGUCAUUCUUUGAUUACUCCGGUUGGCUGCACAUGUCGAGGACACGCCUCUUUCAUUCCUGCUCUUGUUGUCAUGGAAGCUGGUGUUUCUGAGAACGGUUGCUUGCUCUUCCUCUUCCCAAGUGUCAUCUACUUUGCCAGGCUUUCUGAUUGGCUGCAGUAGCUGGUCCAGGUUGUUGUAGCCGAACCAGUAGGGGGCGUCGUCAUGGCUAUGCUCCCAGAGCUUGACCCUUGUCUGCAGCUUCACAGCGGCCAGCCUGCAGGAGCACACACACACACACAUCAUGG